AUGAGGCCGUCUAGAGGUGCUUUCGCUGUGGGCCUAGCAAGCCUGGGCUUUGCCAGCACUCACGCAUUCACGGGGCCAGCGCUGACCACCGCCCGCAGCGGUUGCAGUAGCAGCAGCAGGUGGCGCGUUGUUGCUUCAACUGCAGUCAGCGAUACAGCAGUCGCACCUGCUGCUGCUUCUGCCGCGGAUGAGCAGUACUCUCCCCCGCAGCUGGUGGCGGCGUUGCGAGAGACGUCGGCGCAGUCGCCGCCGCUGGGCGUGGAAGGAAUAUUUUCCGCGAUGGCCCGGGACGACGUCUUUGUGAACGAGCUGUGGCAGAAGAAGCCCUUCUUCUGCGACGCGAGCCUCCCCAGCCUGGCCGGCCAGUACACCCUCGACGACGUCCAGCAGGCAGUCGACUCAGACUUCGUGGAGGCCGGGAGAGGGACGUUCAGUCAGGGGUCUACGGGGUGGAGGAUGGCGCCGGUGUCGACGCCGAGGGGGAAGAGCUUCGAAGACGCCAAGCUGAGGUUCGACGACGUCAAGAGCGCGCUGAAAGAGAAGAGCGGGACUGGGCGGAAGCGAUGGAGGGUGUUCCCACCCCCGCCGCCGCAGGCCAAGCCCAAGGCGGAUCCGAUGGCCCGGGGGAAAGGAGCCGACGUGCUCUCGCUCGACGAGAUGAUCGGGGACGGCAAGCCAGGGGCCCUCGUUGACGUCGUGCUCGAGCCGGGACAGGUCCUCUUUGUUCCGGCGAGGUUUUCCCACCCGAAGGACACCGCCACCCGCAUGUCUCAAGACGACACCGACCCGUCCGUGCACCUGACGGUGGGCGUCUAUACGCACAUCUGGGGGCUCAACUACGCCACGCUGCGGUCGUACUCCUUGUCGAGGUCGGGGAAACAGGACGGAGUGAAGCGGCCGCUCGAGAAGUCCUUGGGCGAGCCGGAGUACUGGAGACUGUUUACCGCGCUACCGCUCGGUUUCCUGGGAGAACGCGUCACGUCCGGCUUGACCAGGUGGUCGCAAAUGAAGAAGGCCCAAGUGGACGAGAUGAUGAGCACCGCGACGCGACUGGAGCGUGACCUGCAACCGGGCCGGUGGGACGAAGGAGUUGCCGACGAGGAGGUCCUGGGCGGCGAAAAAGUGCAGGAAGUAGCCCAGAAGCUCAUGGACCACCACGCAAAGAUGACCAACAUCUUCAAGGAGAUGUACGGGGACGUCAGAUACGGCCUCACGGACGUGCCCAAGGACUCCUGUUUCCUUCGAUCCAGACCCUACCUCGACCUUGUCGAGAGAACCAUGUCGCAGCUGGUUGAGUGGGGCAGCGUCCGCCCCAGCCCUGCCGUUGCCGUGGCCGGGGCGGCGGCGGGCGGGGGUCAAGCGGCGGCGGCGGCGGCAACGCGUGCCCCUUCCUCGGGGUUCGGGGGGGCAGCCGCGGCUUCCCCAAAGAAGGGCGGGGGGGCGAAGAAGAAGAAGCCGAAAAAGAAAUAAAGAAGUCGCGACUCUUGCUGUAGAAUCCGCACCAUGUUCCUGGCAUGGUUGCCGUCUCGCUUCUUCAAGGCCUUUCUUGUUUUGUUUUUUUUCUCUCUGCCUGAUUGUCUGUGUCUGCUGUAUAGAGAGUGGGUCGAGGGAUCGAUCUCAAUUUUUUUUAUUGACAGUGGUAUGCAGCAGGUGGUGUAUGGCCGAUGAUGGAAGAGGUUGGACGUUGAAAAGGUGCAGCCCAUUGGAUUCGGUGAAGCCUUUCCAAGAAGACCCAGGUUCCGUGAUCGGGGUUGCUCUUGGGUGGUUGUUGGCAGCAGGGCAUGCUGUGUUGAUUUCUCUGCGAAAUGUAGCACCAUUGCUUGAAAAGGCCCCGGUAUGCAGCAGUUCGUUGGCGCCCACACGUAGGACUUGCCAGGUGAGGAAUUGAGCCUAAAAAAGACAAAAUCUAAGAACUUGAGCACCAUUCGUGAGCUGUUAGAACCCUUACACGAACGGCCAUUCGUAGCAUAGACCCUUAGGACUAAGAACCCCAGCCUCGCCCAAAGU